CACGUUCAUCAGUGGAUGUCUAGGAAAAAGUCGUUACUCACUUCGAACACGGUAAAGUGCAAACGGACAGUUUACGCGAUCAUCGUGGUUAAAUCUGAGUCAGUAUCGAGUGACGGAUAAAAAGGGGAAUAUAUGCAAUGCACAGAUUAAUGAUAUCGUCGUUAUCAGUAGAUAUAAAAACGAUUCGAGUCAAAUAAUAUCGAAGUACACUCGUUAUGGAUCCACCAGGUGACACGUACGAAUCUGUGAGUGAUUGAAAUCUUUAUCGAAGGUGUCUUCAAAUUGACAAGUAUUUUCACGCAAUCUAACUUUAUUCCAAUCUCGUACGAGAGACGCAGCUAAUCCUAUUGAGGAGGGUAAUACCGUAGAUACUAAAAUGGCGAUCGAAGAUCGGUUAGUGAAUGCUAACAAGUCCUUUAAUAUUCUUUGGCACCAACAGUCGUUCGCCAUUAUACGUUCGCAGUCAACUUCGUAAAUUUCUCGUCGUUCAUUACUGGAUUUACUCGGGGCGGAGUAAAAGAUUCUGGGUGCAGUCUUCAGUACAGUUAUAACUCCUGUGCGAGGCUGACGUCUCGUAGACCGGUGGUAAACUCACCACGUAAGGAGGAGCAGGCUAUUUUUUUUUUCAUCCAACCAAAGUCUCCUUCACGAUAACAUAGUCGUCAGUGAUUUAGAAAUCCUUAAAAAAAUAAGAUAAAGGUUGUCAUGAAAAUUUAAAUUCAAAUUUCCCGCGUAAAAUCAAAGGUAAACAUAACUAGGGAAAUUUAAAGGAUGACUUCCUCGUGACUGCAUAGGAAUAAUUUUUUGUAAGUAACAUUAAAUCUUACGUAUCUUUUAAGGUUCGUCAAAAUACAAUCGUAAUUGCAUAAAACGGGUGUCAAACCUUGCAUGCCAACGAAGCUUUGAUCGAAUGAGAGCAAUAAAUUAACACAGUCUUGAAUUUUGAUUGUUAUACUUUGAAAUAAAAUCAAUCGUAACAGUCAUACCGAUAGAUAUGAGAUUAUCAAAGGAACAUUGACUGCUGACUAAACGCAAAGAAAUCUCGUGAAGCAAUAUAAUCAGAAGUGAUUAUGAAGUGACAAAGUGAUCGUAUAAAUUGGAGUGUAAAAAUGUUGUGCCUCAAGAAACGAAGAACCUACAGCUUCACGCAGGGAGCCUGUGAGGAUUUGCCGAGAAGAGUAAAAAAGGAUAAUCGUUACAAUGAAUCCUUGAAUAUGGCUGUUACGACACUGCCGCGUAAACAUGGGACCAGAGAGGACAGACCGUCGUCCGGGAUGGUGCUGACCGUUACCGAGGACACCCCGGCGGACAUGCUGGCAGGAAGUAUGGACCUCCUUGUCCAGCUUCCACGGGAACAUCACGUCCAUACUCAGAGGGUCACUGUUCAACGGAGCACGCCCAUGAUGGAUCUUCUCGUGCAGAUCGCAACCGCUCACAAAUUGGCCGCUUCGAGCUACACACUUCAGGCCAUUGGAGAACGUGGUCUUGUUUUGCCCCAUCAGCCUAAUACGCCAAUCGGAGCGCUGGAUGCUCUUCAGGUGAAGCUACUUCCCAAGCAGGGAACAUUCGUACCGAGAAAAACGAGGCAGGCUAAUCAACCUUUUGAAACGACUUUUAGAUUACAGGUACAUCUGCCCAGGAAUCAGCUGUACGUGUCACGGGUCAGCCCGAAAAUGAACCUGGGUGAAAUUCUCGAGGAAGUAUGUCGCGAGAAGAAUCUGGACAGGAACAAGUACGAGCUCCGUCAUCCUGCGAAUCUCGAGGAAGUCCUGGACCUUUCGUCGUCGUUGCAAGAUUAUCAUCUCCAGGAAGUGACGCUUUACGCAAAGCAAGGCAGAGCCCUGGGAUCGGCACUGAGUUCCCAGGAUAUAAUGGCUCUACAGAGACAGGAAGAACGCAGGAGGCAACAAACCAAGCAAGGUGUCUUUGGCUUCAUGUUCAAAAAGUCAAAGGACAGUUCACUGAGCACGGACAGCCUUGGAGGACGCAGUGUGUCGCCUGCGAGGAGCGACGAGACCGGAAGGAGUGCAAGUCCUUUGGCACCUCCGGCGAGACCUUUGCGCAAGAGACGACCGGCGCCCAAGCCACCAGUCUUGGAGAACGGCGAGGUGUCACAGGAUAAUUCCAAGGAGAAGAUCGUUAUAAGUCACAGUAGAAACAGCAGCGACAGUUCCGGAUAUCACGAAGCUUCCGUACUCAGUGACAAUCCUGACUCGAAUACUCGUAUACCGGAAACUCUUCCACGGAGGAGUAAGGUGCCGGGAAAUAUGGAUUCUCCUAGGAAACUCGCGCAGACUUCGCAGGCCAGUAAGAGCCUUGGAAAUCUUGCCGCUGCUUCCGGGGGACUCAGUCAUGGCGUCAGCAACACUUCCUUGAGCUCUACGGAUUCAUGCUCAAGUUUGCGCAAGAAGAGGACUGCUCCGGCACCACCGCCACCUCCGAUGGCACGACCUCUGUCGUCGGCUAUAUCAACUCAAGGAUUGGAACGUAUAGUGGAUUCUGAAGAGUCGUUGACUUCUGACAUGGAUAUAUCGAAACCACCGUCAGACAUUGGCGCUGCAUCUUCAAAAGCCAAUUCCGAUAUUGAUGUACAUUCCAAUGCGAAUUCCGGCGUUGCUAUGAAUUCUGUGAAUUCAAGAUCCACGGCUAUUGAGUCCAAAGUUAAUUCUGAGACAAGACUAGUGCCAGAUGUCAUUCCGAAUUGCGUCAAGACGUCUAAGACUGAUUCUGAAAUGGUGGAAAAAACGAAGCCUGAACUGAAAGCAGCGGAUAAGAAUAUUCCAAAAUCAAAUUCGGAAAUUGUACCAGCGCCAUCUGUACCGCGUACAAUGAAUGUAGCAACUGCUAGAGUAGAGAAAAGAGCCGGAGGACUUGCACCAAUUCCCAAACCUCGUGAAACCAGUAUUCCGGGGAGCAUCAAGUCUGCAAAUAGUCACGCACUGCAAUGUAGCGAAUCCCAGCCACUGCCUGCGCCUAGAACUCGUAGCGAGAGUACAACAAGCUUAGAUAGUUUACCAAGCGUCCAGGAGUCUGUAAAUAUUUCCAAGUCCGUUGGUAAGAUGUCAACAAAAAGUCUCGACACGAUAGCCAGUAACGAUACAAGAACCGCCCUGCCGUGUAGCAACGUACGAAAAUCGGAGGCUGUAAAAUCUGAGGUCUCACUUGAUUCGAGAGAAAUUUCACUGGAGAAAACACGCGACGAAGCUAAAGAUAUUUACAAAAAGGAUAGCUUCGACGAUGAGGUCCAAGUGUCAUCCAAUCGGACGAAACCUGAAGAACUCGUUGCAUCACCUGGACCCAUAAAUUGCGGAAGAGUGGGACGCGAUAAAUUCGACGACAAAAAGCAAGAAAGUGUAGCACUCGGUACGGGCGACAAAAGGACGAUCGUGACCGUGAAAUCUGCGGAAGUAAGUGUCAAAGGUCAGGAAGAAACGAAAGAAGGUAAAAAGCAUAGUGAAAGGAAAGCGCCAGAAAAACCAAGACGCAGGACCUUAGAGAUAGCUGAGUUGAAUAUCAAGAAGGAUCCGGGAGAAGAGAAUAACGAGAAUAAGGCGAGCAAGCCAGUUUUACGAGGCUCGGUAAUGGAGUUUAAGAAAGAUAAUUUUUCUCAAGAAUCUUCAACGUCCAUUGAGGGUAAUAAAGAGACGAUGGAGAAUAUAGUGAAACGCUUGGGACCAGGUAAAGCCAUUCGAAAGACCUGCAGCAUGAAACAAUUGCAUGAAAAAUGGGAAAAUCGUAAACUACCAUCAGGAGGCGAUUCCUUAAAACACGCGAAGAGUAUGGACGACAUUUAUGGUAUUUGUACACGAAAGGAAUCUGGAUAUAUAAGAAAAAAGAAUUCAAUGCAAACGAGAUCCUGCGCCGUGAUCUCGACUAUACCAAAGUGCGAGCACAUAGCGCCUAAAUGGGACGAUGAUGUCAGGAAGAUAACGAAGCACAAUUUGCAGACGGAAAAGCCUAAAUCAAAGAGCUUUGAACACCCUGUCAACGUAAAAGGUUCUUUGGGUCUUCCUUUCGAUGCUGGAGAAUCGAUAGUUCACUGCAGUCUCGAAUUGGAUGCUCGCAAAGAGUCAUUCGGUCUUACCGAGGACGAGCUUGCAAAUUUAGAGAACAUUGGGAUGUUAAAGCGAGAUAAAAAAAUGCCCAAGCGCAUGAAAAUAUUCAGGAGCCAUUCUGACUUAAAUAACUUUGAGAUAAACACAUUCGGUAGGCAUCCAAGAUACUUGACAGCUUAUGCUGAGGAUUUCGCAGGAGUGCUCAAUACCAAUCUGACUACAAAUGUAUUAAAAUUAGAUGAGAAAGAAAGAAAGGAUCAUAAGGAUCUGUCGAAUGAAGAUUCAACGAGCAAUGAGUAUAUCGGAAGUUCACAAAUCUCCAUAUCCGGUACAGAAUUUCCGUCAUUCAUGACCCAUGGUACCCAUUUUGCAGACUGGCAGGAUAUUCAGAAUUUGAAGGACGACGCUGAAGAAGACACUACGAUUAUUGGUCAAUCAGAUAACGAGGAUGGUCCAAUGCAAACGGAUGUUUUGCUCCGCAAAGUGUCGGACACGUUAUCAGGCUCUUUGGUUCCGCCGCCACAGCCGCCCACAAUGCCCCCUGACAGUUCCUGUUCAUCGUUAUCCGGAAGCGACGAAGCACAAAGCGCAGCGAAAAGAAAUCCAGUGGAUAUUUUAUUGAGUGAAGCAACCGAGACACUCAACGAGACGAUAGAGUCGACCAAGAAAAUAGAAAAUGCUGUCAAAUUGAGUCAAGUAAAGAUAAAGCAAAGCAAUCUUUCUCCAGCUCAAACAAUCUUAAGAUCGAGUACCCCAAAUUUAACGUUAAGUUCGUCGCAGCAAGAUACUUCCGACUACGUAUCAGCCGGUGGGGAUGAUUUAUCUAUAACCGAUUGGGAAUAUCAACUACCAGCUCCGCCAAGUGCAUUUCGAGAUAACGAUUCGCCAGCUUUCAAUGAUUACGAAACCAUCACUCUUGGAUCCGUGGAAGCUUUUAAGGAGCCCAUUGCUCGUAUAGUCGAUAAGACGGAUGCGGAGACGAAGAAUGAGAAUAAUCUGACAAUAACAAAUAAAACUGCUACUAAAUCUUCAGCUGUCAGUAGCAAAGCAAAGCAUGUAAAACCAAUUGUCGAUGUGACACCACCAACUGUAAUGGAUAAAAAAUCCUUCACCAGACAAAUAUCCACAGAGAGUCGUGGGAGUGACGCCAGUCUGGAAUUGAAGAAGGAAGUCAUCUCUGAGCUUGAGAACAGAAUCGAAACCGGACGCUUGUCGCAAUCCAAUAUCAAGCAUAGUGAAACAGACUCCAGAAGAGCGUCUGAAAUUUCAUCAACUCCUACACUAGCGCCUGUCGACAAUACUUUAUCAAAUUUCACAAUCACAACCUAUUCCGGGCAAAGGAGUUUGAAUAUAUUUGAUGAGGCUGAGCAGCAGCAACAACAACAACAAUCGGAUGACAAGACUGUCAAGAGUUUUGCUACCUUAAAUAGGAGUAGAACCAUUUCAGAAAAUUCUAAUGGCAGUAUACAGUCGCCUAGAAGUUCUACAGCUAGGGAACGUGAUUUUGUACAAACGAAAACGCUUCCAGCUAAUGGAUACGAUGGGCAAGAAUCAUUAGAGCAGACAGAGUUCCUUAAACCAGUGCCAAAAUCCUUGAAACACGAAUCACUUCCUAGCAGUCAGUCAUUCGGUAAUGACGAUGAGAAGUCCAGCAAUUUGCACAAAUCCAAGAGUUAUAUAUCAUGGGUAAAUAAUACUAAAGUUAGAACUGGAAUCAGUGGCGAGGAAGACAGUAUGAAUUCCAUGACGUACGACAGCAUAGAUAACUCUGGUGAACCGAUAAGAAAAUCUGUAAGCAUCAAUAAUUUGAGUCAGGAUACAUCUAGGGGUAACGAGAAGUUUUCACAGUGGAGGGAAAAUAUUCUGAAACGUCAAGAAGAACCAACCAAGGAGAAACAGUUACAAUCCUUACAGGUUCUUAAGAACAUUUUACCGAAGUUGAAGAACUCUCAACAAACGGAUGAAAAUGUAAUCGAACAGUCCAGAAAUAAAGUCGCUGACGAGCAAAUAACGAAAGUCGUUUCCUCUAUCGAACAUUCCACCGAAUCGAGUGUCGAUUCAAACACAGCUGAUUCUAAAUUGAAAGCAGAGUCAGAGAUGCAGAAAGUAAGGACAGAAGAAUCAAGCGGAAAACGUUUCUCCUACUCUGGACCACCUGCUAUAAGUUUGGGAAGCUGGUCGGAAAGGCCAUGUGUCAAUGUUCAAAUAAAGAUGGACACGGAUUACAAAUUCGGCAAGAGCAAUACCUCCGGGGCUAAAACAGUUGUAAAUUUAAAUGGUACCCGGGACGAGGCUGAUUAUGUAAAGUUUAAUGGCGAUGCUGGGAGCACUUUGCCGAGAAAGGUUGUAAAGAGUAAUUUUAUUGAAAAUGAGAUGAGCACCGAGCUGAAAAAGUCUGAGAAUAAAGAGAAGGAAGAACUCGCAAAUAAACUAAUAACACACACAACGCCAUCUGGAUUUAAGAGGCCAGCAUUAAAUAAAAUUGGCUUCCCCGAGGGCAGAUCGGUUCCCAACAAUGAGGACAAGCCUAUCGUAACGGCUAUGGAAUUGAAAAAAACAGAUGCCGACAAAAACGACCCUCCGAGGAACCAGAAACAACAGGAGGAUGACGAUGAUGAUAUCGACACGCGUCCAGUGAAGUUCGAGGAGCUAACAAAGGCAUUUGGACAGGAAGUUACGCGCAGAGCGAAACCAAAACAUAUAGUACAGAAUCGACAUUCUGAUUACUAUGGCUCAAAGCCGGAAAUUAUAACGAAUUUUAUUAAAUCGGAUAUCAAUCAAAAUGGAUUCGCGCAUUCUAAUAAAGUAGCACCGAAACAGGUAGAACCUGUACGCAAUAACAGUGUCGUGUCGAAUGAGAUCAACAACGAUGCUCAAAAUAUUCCAAUUAAGAAGUAUACAUCGGUUAUUGGUAUAAAUUCACAAGGAGCACAUUUUGCUAAUCAAAAUGGAAAUUUUGCGAUGAAGAAUCGUUCUAGUUCGAUUAAGAUCAAUGGUCCGAUGCCUGUCGUUAAAGGAUUCAAAAUACAGGCAUCUGAAAUAGAACCAAAAGUCAUUACUGCACCAGCCAGACAAAAUGGAUUCUCGGUUGUCAAUGGUCCGAAGAAACUGUCACAGACACCACAGCCUCCAACCAUGCCUGUCAUUACUGGCGUCACUUUAAAAAGUAACAGUGCUAGACCGAAGUCAAUGCCACUCCAAAAAGAUUCUAGAGACGAUUUGCUAGAAUCUAUUCGAAAUUUUGGUGGACGUGAUAAGUUGAAAACCGCUACAGGAAGAAGAUACUAACCUUCAGUGCCCUUCGGUGCAGAUGUAUAAAUAAUUAAAGUAAGCUUUGAGUCAUAAUCAUAAAAUACAUAAAAGUUAGCACGAGGAAGUUAUUGAACGCAGCUGUUUCGUUAUUUUGUAAAAAAAAUGUCAGAACUGCGAUAUUUCUGUAAAAUAUUCGUCACUCUUGACUGAACCACAGUUUAAAGUUGUCUCGUUCAGUUUAAGUGCUGCGUGGUUAGCAGCGUAAGAAACUUGUGGUAUAAAGCUUUCAAAUGUUAGAUUAUCAGAAUGUAUAUAGUCGUUUACAUGUUUGUGCAUAUUAUCGUGGAAAGGAAAUUACGUAGUCGUUUCCUAAACUGGAAACGUUCCUUUGAUACGAGAAAUGAAACAAAAAGAAACCAGUUUGGUGCUCCUGUUAUGUAUAAUUAAUAAGAAGACGUUUGAAAAUUGAGAUAAUUGUUCAUAGAUGCUUUAGAGAUUCCACUGUUUUCGUUGUUAUUUUGGCACAAAAAAAUGACGUCAGUAAAAUGGCGAGGAUUUCCAUAAUCGACGAAUUAAAUCAUGCAAAUACUCUUUCUAUAUAGCUUCAGCGCGAAAACUGAGCGAAACAGAAAUUAUUUAUCCUGUCGAUUGACGAGCAAAUAACAAUGUUUGUUUAGUUCAAUUACUAGGGUCAUUUAUUUGUUAAUUUUUGGUUCGCUUUCGGUAAUAGAGCACUAUUUUAUGAUUUAUAUGAAAGUCCUCGACGUUACAAGCUACGUUUAUUUUUUUUUUUAAUUACGCCUACGUUACUUUGAAAAAGUAAUUUAGCAGUUUAUUCAUAACUGAAUGCACUAUGCAGAAAAAUUUUGAAAAGCACGGCAUAGUAUCAAAAGUUAUUGAACGUGUAUAUAUACGAUUGGCGUAUGAAGUAGCUCAUACGUGGAACGUAUCCUUUCAAUGGAAGCUAGUUAAGCUUGGAUUUAAUCAUCGAUGUAAAAUAAAAAAUUAGUAUCUUUAUUAUUGCUCAUGUAGUCAUGUCUUUAUGCGAAGGAUGAAGAAAGUAAUCGAAACUACGUUAAGUUCUAAUUAGUCGAAUAAGACCGUUCAAGCCAGGCUUUGGGUGAGAUUUCUAAUAAAUAAAAUAAUUAUACCAAAGUUGGCCGUGGACGGACAAUAACGAUGUACUAAUCAUACAAUUGUUACUGACUAACAUCCUCUAAUCAUUGGAAAUACACAUUAAGUUUCUAUCAACGGGACCAAAGGUAACACUCUUCUUAUUUUAUAUCGUACAACGAAUUUAGAGAUAGCAAAAGUUAAUGAAUGGAAAUGAAGUGGCGUACUUGCGACAAAAAGAAUAUAAAAGAAAACAUUAGUCAAAAUAUAUACUCUAAAGCAUUCUAAGAUGGAGAUUAGUAUUUCUAUAAUGAAAAAAGUUUAUAUAAAACUUUGUAAAAUUUGUACGAAAGAUAAAAAUGUUUAUUUUGUUUAUGCCUCUACGUUUACUGUUUAACAAUAAUCGUAUUGCGUUAUAUUAUAUAUUGGCAAAUACAAAACAGCGCAUCUGUAUGGGUAUUAAUUAAUGAAGGAAUUAAUUAGGUACCGUUUGUACUUCAAUUUUGCCAUUUGGAUAUACUUCUUGCAUCUAUUUAUAUGAAUUAUGGCAACAACCUCUAAAUGUUUAUAUAUAUAUUCAUAUAUAUGUACUCCUUACCUGUUAAAACGAUUGUUAUUACUUACUGAUUCUCAUAGAAUGACAAAAAGUAAAUCAACCUCAAAUUGUUGUUCACCCACAAUGGUUGUGUUUUUUUUUUGGGGGAGAAUUUAAUGAUCCUGGGUAGGUAUUCAUUAGUUUAUAAAAAUUUGUGUUUCUUAUGUCAACAUUGUAUUUCAAUACUUCACAGCUAAUAUCAGGUUAACCGUUAUAAGAUAUUUACGGUGAUGCUAUAUGGCGUUGUGACUGACAGUCAUCUAUAAAUUAAACAAAUUGAUAAUCUAUUGUCGAGCGAGAAGAAACAGAAAUUUGUUCUAAAAUUAGGAGUGGGCCAUUUAAUUUCUAUUCGUCGACUUAAAAACGGGGAAAAGACAGAUGCGCGAAUUUUUUGUUGGCGGUUAAUAUUGAAUAAGAACUUAAAAAUGAAAUUAUAUUGUAUAUAGCACAUAUGUCAAUACUGUAUUUAAUAUUAUUAUCCUCUACGCAACUAUAACAUCAUAAAACUGUAAUCUAUUUAUGUAA